CAGUUGUUCUAUCCAUCAUAAAAAACGUUGUUUGAAAGUUUCUCCAUAAAUUUAAGAUAUUUUUUAACUGCGAAUUUUUCAUUUCUAGUUAUUAUUCAAUUAAGUUUUUAUUUAAUGGCUGAACCACAAUCAUCCCUUUUAUUGAAAAAGCAAUUAGCAGAAUUAAACAAAAAUCCGGUUGAAGGGUUUUCAGCUGGUCUAAUUGAUGAAAAUGAUAUUUUUCGUUGGGAAGUUUUAAUUAUUGGCCCUCCAGACACUUUAUAUGAAGGCGGUUUUUUCAAAGCACAUUUACAUUUUCCAAAGGAAUAUCCAUUGAGGCCGCCACGUAUGAAAUUUGUUACAGAAAUAUGGCAUCCAAAUAUUGAAAAAAAUGGUGAUGUAUGCAUUAGUAUUCUUCAUGAACCUGGUGAUGAUAAAUGGGGCUAUGAGAAAGCAUCUGAACGCUGGCUACCAGUUCACACAGUUGAAACAAUUCUAAUAUCGGUGAUAUCAAUGUUAGCUGAUCCAAAUGACGAAUCACCAGCAAAUGUAGAUGCAGCUAAAGAGUGGCGAGAAGCUUAUCCAGAAUUUAAAAGAAAAGUUGCACGCUGUGUUCGAAAAAGUCAGGAGGAAUGUUAAUAGGAUUCUAUCUAAUAAUUAUUAAUAAUUAAAUAUUAAAAUAUAAUUUUUUUUUGUAAUAUUAUGAAAAAAAUCAGCAGGAAAUUUCUUAAUACGCAAGAUAACAAAAAAAGAAGAAAUUAAAAAAAAAUCCCAAAAAAGCAAAAAAUUUAUCAACAUAUUUAAAAAUCAAAAAAAAAUAUUAAAAAAAAAUAAUAAUCAAACGGCAAGACGAAUCAACAAAAAAUUAAAAAAUAAAGUAAAAUUUUUUAUAUCGCAAAAAUAGCGAAAAGAACUGUAAAACCCAACAGCUUAUUUAAAAAGGAGAUUAUUGAGAUAAAUUAUCGAAAAGCUGUUGCUAAAUAAGUUCUGAAAACGCUGAGUAAUAAUUAUAAAUUGAUUCCAGUUUGAAGUUGUGACACUAUUCGAUUUUCCAUUUAAAUCUUUUUAUUUUUCUAAAUUAAAUCUAAAUUUCAUUAUUGACAAAAAAAUAUUUAGAAGUACUAGACUUUUUUUAAAUUGCAAACACUGUGAAUUUCCGAGAUUUGUUCAAUUGUGCAUAUUGUAUAAUUUUUCAAGAAAGUAUUUUAAAAAUCAUAUGUAUGUGUAUCAUUUCCAAUUUCACAGUAGUAAGAAAACAUUUUGUUAAAUAGAUAUUAUUAAUUGUAUAGAGUUUGAAAUAUAAAAAAAAUAUCUUUCCCAACAAUUUUAUGUAAAAAAUAAAAAAAAAUUUAAUCGAUAAAUAAAAUUUUACAGUGUCAAACUAUGCUAUGAAAACUGUAAGUAAUUUUUGUAAAUUUUCAAUUAAACUCAUUCUUUUUUAUUAAUUUUAAUGUCUUUAUUAAAAUUUAGAUGAUUUUGAUUUUAAUAGCUAACAUAUUUUAAGUUAUUUAUAUACUCAUUCAAUGAUGUAAUUUAAUAAUGAGCAAAA